AUGAUUCCUUCAGUUGUAGGCUAUGGUGGUUUCAAAUCCUAUGGAGACAAGCCAUACUCCAUGUUGAAGCCAGGUCAAAAGACCUUGGAUAGAGAUUAUUAUUCUAAAGCCACAACAGAAUAGCCAGAUGGAAAGAUCGCUUUACAAAACUUCGGAAGAUUUGAUUCUGUUUACAAUCAAAACGUCUCAGACACAAUUAAGGUUGGUGACUACAAGGUUCCACUUAAAAAUGCUAAUACUAUGAUUUCUUACGAAUACACUCACAAUCCUGAUUUGUUCAAUCAUACUAGAGUGGGAAGAGUUGAAUUAAUGAGAAAGACCAUGCAAGAGGGUGGUGCUCUCUCUUAGGCUGGAAAAUCAGCCGUAGGUUUUGGAAAUGAGUAGGCUAACAAUAGUGAGAUGACAUCUUCAAAGUCAUCUACCUCAAUGGCUUCAAAAACUUUAGCUACUUCUCACUGGAAAACAUCCUAUCAGGGAGUAGUAGAAUCAACCCUUUCUCAACCAGCUCAAAGAUCUUAAAGACCAGAAUGGAGUCUUCCCAGAUAAGCUUACAGCUCUAAGAGAAGUUAUUUCUAAACUGAAUAUAUGAAAUCAUUAGGCACAUAUGGUCACAACCCUAGAGAAAAACUUAAUGAUCAACAUGAUAAGAUGAGUACUGAUUUGCAUGAGCUAACAAUUGGAACCACCAAGACUACUAGCCAUAUUCCAGGCUACAAUGGCUACUUGCCAAAAACAGACUUAAACCCUACAGCUAUUUUGCAAGGAUUAGGAGAACAACCAAGAAUGACAAUAAUUAAAUAGAAUAUCGUCGAGAACUAUUAGGUUAGAAUUCCAGGAUAUCAAGGUCACAAGCCAAUGAGCGUGAUCAAUGAUAGAGGAAGCUUGAGACCUAAUUGCUUAACUACUGUUGGAGAGCAGUUCCACUGA